ACAUCAGCGCUGGUUGUUUGCAUGCUCUGGGCCUUGUCUAGAUGAAGUUAACAGCUGUUAUCUGUGGAUUAUGGGAUGCACAGCCCUGUAGUAACCCUGCUGUAAAGUUGUCACGGAAAAGUUUCAGACAGCAGAAGUGGAUUUAAAAGUCUCAGAAACACAUUUCCUAAAGAGAGACCGGCUUCUGCUUCCGUCAACUUUUAAAUUCUACAAAUAUUUUCGCUUCUCUGAAAGCAAAACAGAAAGAAAAGAGAACAUUUGUGGUUUUGAAAGAUUCCAGUGCAGACUAAACAAAUUCAGGUGUAACCAACAGAAAGGUUAAAGCUGCAGCCAGUGGCUCAUUAGGGUCGCUAUGGUAACCACACACCCUCAUCUCUGAGACCUAAAGAGCUCUGGCCGAAAAGUAAAUCUCAAGACAAACCGCUUGGGGGGCAAAAGCUACAAGUCGUUUAAGGCUCUGAUGGUCACGUGAUGUCACUUCUGAAGAGAACAUUAGAGGUCUAAUCGACCUACAGCCUGUGGAAGCUCGGGGGAGAACGCGCUUCAGUCUGAGGGGACCUGAGAGCAAACAGGUUGUGGGACAGUUCAAAGGUUAGCGUGUGACACCAUCACGCGCAGCUUAUGAACGUGUUAUUUUAAAAGAAAAUCUUAAUUUUUUAAUCUGAUUGUCUGAAAUCCACCAAGCUCUGUUUUUCAUGCGACCCAUUUAAGCUCUGAUUGGUGUUUUUAAGAUGUGGAACACCAAAGGAGGCGGGGCUUUCUCCAUCAUAACACAUCGUUAUCGAUGGGACAGAUCGUGCCUUUAUUUUACGAGUCUCGUCUACAACUGACCGCAGCCCGAACCGUCCUGGUGGAAACUAGAUCUAACUUGGAGGUGCGGAGCACUCGUUUAAUCAACGCGGUGGUCUCUAGUCGUGCUCGGGUGGCACAAAGCUCAGACGCACCCGUGACAGGAACUAGCAGUGACCCAUAUCAGAGGAGAGCUUAUCGCGGCAGGGUUGGAACUCUUGGACAUCUCUCCUCUGAUUGGUUAACACCAACAUGACUCUUCCACUGACUCCGCUUGCUGUGUUGAUGCUUCAUCUCCACAAUUGGCCCAAUUUUUUAAACAUCAUUCGAAAGUGACGAAGACCGCAAGCUUCUGAUUGGUCAGGACGCCACUUUCUGUAAAUAUGUCAACAGCACCGUCAAAAAUUAAAAUGAUAUUUGGCGGUUGUUACGGCCACCGGCCUGGCCUCUAGUGCUCCAGGAGCCAGGGUUGUUACGGCGGCGGACACGGAGCAUCACCGAAAACAUCAGAAAAUGCGUUUAUUCACCCGUGACUGAAAGAGUACAGAGAUACGGAGCAAAGCUUUUAUUCGCGGGCGGAAAUGGCGAGAAACGCGGGUUUAGACGUAGCGGCCACGUGAACGGGGAGGAGAAUCUAGGACAAAUUAAUCCACCUGAUAAAGUCUCUGAAGUACAUAAACACGUUAGUAACUACAGAACCGUGGACCGGAUACACGAGUGUAAUGGUGGCAAGGUGCCACAGAGAAGCGUUACGCCCUCUGUUGUCCUAGCAGGGAAUUGUUUCGGAGAAGUGCGGGAGCAAACGUCUCUGUCAGAGCUGAUGGAGGAUUAUAAAUCAGGCUUAAUCCUAGUUUCACCGUCGGUUUUCUAUCAGAAGCCACUGCAGCAGAUAGGUGUAGGAGACUAUUCUUAUGUUCAGCCUGCAUGAAACACUCAGAGUGAGCCGUUAGAGCCAGAGAUAAUCAUUAAAACUAGGGCUGCAUAAUACAUCGUAAAUAUAUCGUUAUCGCGAUAUCAGCAUGCACGAUAUGCAUAUCGCAAUGAACGGUCAGCUCAGAUGUUUGCUACACAUCACGCAUUCUGUCAAUCAAACGGGAGCAUGAUGUUUUUUUAACAAAUCAAACAGAGCUCUUCACCCGUUUGGCCAAUCGGGUGGGUUCUCAUAGGUUCGAUGCCCGCCCCCGAGGUGGGCGGCACUUCAUUUUGAUGGUUAGCGAACACCUGAGUUAGCUUAGUUCUGCUCUUUCUGCUGAUUCUGCUUUUCCCGGGAUCCACCGGUCGCCUUUCUUGUUCAUUUUCUUUUUCCCUUUCCUCACAACUUUUGCUUUUCUCAUUUUUAUGAUUUUUUAAAUUUUUGAUUUUGAUUAUUUUUGUUCCCGAGUUAAGUUUUUAUUUAUCGCAAGUAAUAUCGUCAUCGCAAUAUUAAUCACUGUUAUCGAAUAUCGCAGGUUUUCCUAAUAUCGUGCAGCUCUAACUAAAACAGGAUUUUUCACUGUUCCACACCUUUAAUCUCCAGUUUUAAAGGUUUACCCAAACUGAAUUAUUCAGCCGUCGUGUUUCCCUCGUCUUGCAUGACUGCCAGGAGCUUUCUGCUGCCUGUACGUUUGUCAGCUCAUACAAGAACAUAAGUGUUUUUCUUUAAAUUAGAUAUGAUUAAUCUUGCGCUCCGCCAGAUGACUGCCGGAACACUCCUGGCUCCACGUUUCACCCAGAGGAGUGUGUGUUGCAUCAGUUUGCCUGUAGCUGUUAUCGCCGGGCCCGUGGCUCUGACACCAGCUGUUGUACUCUGUACACUACUGCGUGAACACAUGUAGCAUACCUCCAUCGUGACCAAGUAAGGCCAACUGCCAAAUUAUUUUAUGACUUCAGCUCUACGGUCGUCUGUCCUAAAUAGGGAUUUACAUGGAGCACAGCGAUGGCUGCGAACUCGUCACGCGUGCACUAUCACCACACAGAUGUCUGCUGUGUGUGGCCUUGAGACGGCUGGGACGGCGAUGUUUAAAGGCAGCAAAAGGGAACAGGGACAGGAGACGCGGGGACAGACAUGUAGGUUGCCAGACACUCGCUGACGAGUCGAGAGGCUUAGUAGUUGAUAGACAAGCAAACAGAAGCGCUCUGACGGGGAAUAUCAGCAGCAGUGAGCCGCUGGGCGAAGAUGACGGAGCUGAAAGCUGCUCUGCUGUGAUCCUCUCCUGUUUACAUGUCACUAACAUCUCAGUGCUGCCGUGGAAACGCGUGUUCAAAGAAACGAGGCAGAACAUGCAGCAGCAGCUCCAACGACGAGUCCUGCAUGCUUCAGCCUUACAGCAAACACUCUCAUUAAAUAACGAGUUCAACAAGUCAUCAGAUCAAUGCUUUCCAGCGCCUAAACUGGGCCAGAACCGUGAAUGAGAGUGGGAGAUGUUCUGAAUGACUCCUGCGUGCCUCAACCAUUAUUCCACCUUUCUGGACGAUUGCAGCACAAAACGAAAAUGGAGACUUAAGUGGAGAGUCUCAGGUGGGCAAGUGCCGAAGUCACGCAACCAAAGACGAGACAGGAUGAGAAAGAGAGGCCCUGACAGAGGAAACACAUAGACAGGACGCAGGGAAAACAAGGAACGCCAAGGAGAUUCUCUGGGAUAAAUAAAUAAAAACAGUUGUUUGGAGAAGAGGCAAGCCAGAUAAAAAGAUGAAGCCGAUAAAAAAACAGGGCCGGCGCUCCCCUCAGUCCACCCGGACCAAAGGGGCGAAGCGUCGCGGAGCCGGGGAUGCCUCCGAUGGAGGAGAGAAAAGAGACUCGGGUGAGAACAGAGACAGAAGCAGAUCCCCUCAAAACCGAACCCCCUUAUCCUCGUUCUCCUCCGGUUCCCACUCAGAGUCAUCUCAGGCUGGUUUGACGAGACUGCGGGACGCUUCAGACGGGGAAGGGCUGUCAGAGAUGCCGAUGUCGGUCAUGAUGGAGUCUGGGAAACUGUUGAUGUCUCCUGAUGAAAGGUCUGGGAGGACGGCUCUGAGCGGCAGCGGCAGCCACUGUGACAGCGGGGCUAGCAGCUGUAGCAACAGCAGCACACCGAGCGCCAACAGCAGUCCGAACCCCGCCUCCAGCCGGAAAACAGCCACCUUUAAGGCCCGCGUUCCUAAGAAGAAGUACACCUCUGAACACUAUGCCUCGGCUACUGCCAGUAAUCACAGCAACCCUCAGUCCACUACACCCCCUCCCAACCCUCUGAGCAGCAGCGACCUGAACCAGGGCUCAACGAGUUCAGGAGUCAAUGCCAGCGUUUCACAUCCUGAUGGCAACGGUCAGAGCAGGAACCAGAUGGAAGACUUCAGCAGCAGAACAACGAGGAGGGAGGAGCCUCGGGGCUCUCCAGGACCUCCCACACUGUUGCUCGGAGGCGAGAGGCCCCGAGGAGGUGAAAGGCCCACAGACGGAGAGCGAGUGUCCCCUAGUCCACUGCCUCGCUGUUCCUCAACAGACACCGCCAGUGAGCACUCGGCUGACCUGGAAGUGGUUGGCGACACGCCCAUCAUAGCACAGACAUCAUCUCGCUCAGCGCCCAGCCUGUCUGAUGCUCUCUCGGACACUCUGGCCAGGGGGUUAAAAAACCAGCGCGUUCUCGCCCGUCAGUUCAGACGACAAAGUUCUGAAGGAGGAGGCGAACCAAGAGAGGAAUGGAGGAGCUCAGAUUCUGUGUUCCGAGCUGGAGUGGUCCGCAAGGUCAGCGAUGAAUUUGGAUGUCUUGAGGUGCAACUGAAUGGGGAGAAGACCCUGUGCCGUUACCCUUAUCGACAUGACAGCCCACCAGGAGUAGUGGAAAUCAUCCUGGAUGCACCACCCCCUGGUGUCCACACAAUACCUAUUGGCACGCAAGUCUGUGUACCAUUUGGCAAUGAAGAGGGUAGCGAGGGCCAGUGGUACCGAGAAGGUCUGGUGACCGAGGUAGACACACACCCCGCCGUGGCGAAUUGCUAUCGUGUCCUGUUGUCAGAGGGAAGACAUCGCUCUGUGAAGGAGGAAGACAGCAGAAGUGCCACCCAGGCUGUUUGGGUCUCUCGGCACACUCUCCGUCUGCUGGUGCCACCAUGGGAUCUUGAUUUACCCUCUGGUGGGGGGCACGAAGAAGAAGAGGGUGUCAGAGAUAAGGAGGAAAGGCGUGAAGACAGAGAAGACAUAGACGUGGAGCAGGAGGUGUGUCGUCUGAGCAGACAAAUGACCCCUGGCAUGGGCUCAGUGUUUAGGAGGGACGUGUCGUAUCCAGGCAUGGUCCCUGUUCCCUCCACUGUAGGCCACAACAUUACCUCACCAGUGACUCCAGCGUCGGUGCUCAGCUUGGCUCCUGGCCGAGAGUGGGAAAUUGAAAAAGAUUUGGAGCGGGAACUUGUGAGAAAACAGAACAGAGAAAGGGAUGGCAAUGCAAAGCAGCAGCACCACCCGUACAUGCCCCUCACCCCUGAAGAAGACAUGGAGGUGUCCCACUUCAACAUGGUCCCAAUGGGGGCGAUCAUACCCGGGGCCAAACCCAUGACAGUUUCCCAACAUUGUCAGAUUGUCUCUAAGCCCCCGUCUGGCUACCUCAAUCCUCAUUUACCUGUAGUGAACAUUGGGAUCCCCCCCCACCUGGCCCUGAGUCACCCUCCUCCAUCUAAUGUCCGGUUAGGCCUUGAUUCAACCAGUGCAGCAGCCAGUGCUGUCAUCACUGCCCAGCAGAUCCCUCCUCUCCCUCCCAUCUCCUCCUCCACUACGUCUUCCAGAGUAGAGAAGACCCCUGGAGGAGGUUCUGCCAGUGGUGGAGGAGGGUCUGGAUCUGGUUCAACGUCCUCGCGUUCCCGGACUCCACUUACAGCUGCCCAGCAAAAAUACAAGAAGGGAGAUGUAGUGUGCACGCCAACAGGCAUACGAAAGAAGUUCAAUGGGAAACAGUGGAGGAGGCUAUGCUCUCGAGAGGGCUGUUCAAAAGAGUCUCAGCGACGAGGAUACUGCUCCAGACACCUUUCAAUGAGGACCAAGGAGAUGGAGGCCAGUGGAGGUGGCCGAGAGCGCAGCGGAGCCAGCAGUACAGGAACCCUGACGCCGUCCGACCUGCGACUGGGCGGUGGGAGAGCCAGCUCGGAGUUCGACUGGGAUGAGACAUCGCGGGAAAGCAGUGAAGCCAGCAGUCGUGGAGGAGACUCUCGUCCACGCUUGGUCCUCCCCUCUCUGCUGCCCCAGGAAUUCAACUUUGAUGAAUGUGAAGCAGCAACGAUGCUGGUCUCCCUGGGGGGCUCCCACUCUGGCACGCCAUCAUUUUCCCCGGCCUCAAACCAGUCGCCAUUCUCCCCUACCCCUUCACCCUCACCUUCCCCCUCGUUUUUUGGCUUCCGCCCUGCCAAUUUUAGUCCCAUCAACCCCUCUGCUACACGCCGCAACAGGCAGCUUAGUGGCACUAAGAUGGGUACGCCAGGAACUGAGCGAGAGCGCCACCUUUCAGGGAUUGUGCCAUCAUUUCAGACCAACCUGACCUUCACGGUCCCCAUUAGCCCCAGCAAGAGGAAGCUGGAAACUCACCCGCCCCCUCCCUUGCCUGCAGUUCAGGACUACCAGGCCAAACAGGACCAACAGCAGCUGAUGAGUGUAGGGGGCGCCAUCAUUGGAGACACAGCUGCCUUUAGAGUCCUCUCCCCUCAGAGUCAACCCACAACCCCUUCCUCACUUUCCUUCCCACAUCCUCGCAGUGUCAGCAGGCCAUCCUCCUCUGCUGCCUCUACACCUCCACCCAUGCUGGUCUCCCCCACUCCUCCUUCCCCUCUGCCCCUGGAGCCCUCUCCACGCCGCAUCGUUCCCCUCCGCGACUCCCCGGUUAUUGUCCGCAACCCAGAUGUCCCCCUUGCAAAGUUCUCUGACGGCCCGUUAGCGAGGAGAGAACGAAGUAGGUCGAGGGAUCAGAACCAGCCUCAACACUCAGCCCCCCCAGGCCUGCAAGCCCCCGUCCCCAUCAAUGGAGCCACCACCAAUGGGGCGGUUCUCCUGCGAAACCCCACCUCAACCCUUGUGCUGGUCACCUCCAGUUCGUCCUUGACUCCAGGCACAGCUGGCCAUCCCGCUCUCUCCAGCCCCUCUACUCCCAGAUCUAUAUCUGCUCCGUCCGGCUCGGUCCUCUCCUUGUCUGGUUCUGGAGGCAGGGACAGGAAACCCGAGGGGCACCAGGACACCUCAGGGGGGGCGCUGCCGCAGCCAGUGGCCUGUCACCCCACCCCAACGGCCCUGCUGCCGCUAAUACUGCCAGCCGAGUCACCUCACCCCGCACCGCGCAAGCAAAUCAUCAUGGGACGCCCCGGCACCGUUUGGACCAACGUGGAGCCGCGCUCCGUGCCAGUGUUCCCUUGGCAUUCACUCAUCCCUUUCCUGGAGCCCAGCCAAUCAGGAGCAGCCGCCCCGCCUGCCGAUGGCCAGCAGCUCGUCAACCAGAGCAAAGAGCCUUGCUGUGGCGUCGCCCUAGUGAGCGAAGGCCGGACGGGACCCCAGGACUCGGACCGGAGCUCGCCGUCCUGCCCUCCCCCGACCAACGACAAUCCUCCAGCAGACCGGGGCGGGGCGGACAGCGAGACGGAGAGCGACACCGACGACCCGUUUUCUCCCGGUGUGGCCAACGACCCGUCUCCGUCCACCGGACCAAUCAAGAGACGCACCCAGUCGCUCAGCGCGCUGCCCAAAGAUGGAGACAGGAAGAGGGAAAAGGACCACAUCCGCCGGCCCAUGAACGCCUUCAUGAUCUUCAGUAAGCGCCACCGGGCGCUGGUGCACCAGCGACACCCCAACCAGGACAACCGGACCGUCAGUAAGAUCCUGGGGGAGUGGUGGUACGCUCUGGGGCCCCACGAGAAGCAGCAGUACCAUGACCUGGCCUUUCAGGUGAAGGAGGCCCACUUCAAAGCCCACCCAGACUGGAAGUGGUGCAACAAAGACCGCCGGAAGUCGCUGUGUGACGGCCGGGGAACUCCGAAGGAGCUGCGGGAGAGGAGCAUGUCCGAGAGCAUCGACGCCCUGUCGGAGUCUCAGGUGCUGGACGGGAGAGGAGGAGGAGGCGGCGGCAGCUCCGGCUGGCCGGGGGGGUCGGAGCGUCGAGCGGGGGCUCUGGGGGGACAGCACCCCCGUCCUCGAGCCUUCUCCCAGAGUGCUGUGCACACCCUGGAGCAGAGGGAGAGAGACCAGGAGAAGGGGAGCGAGCAGCCUCCAACUUCAGAGCUUUCUCUGCCGUUUGAAGCGAAGGCGAGGAGUUUCACGUACGAGAGCUCGCAGGCUGGCCUCGCGUGCUUCCCGGAGGGAUUGGAGGAGGACAGAUCGAGCUUGUUCCGAAACCGGCCGCCGUCGCUGUGCCAGGGCGGAGCCAGCGAGGAUGUGACCAGCGACGAAGAGCGGAUGGUCAUCUGUGAGGAAGAGGGGGAUGAUGACGUGAUGGAAGAUUCGUGUCCAGAAAACGCCAUCGACCUCAAGUGUAAAGAGAGAGUGACGGACAGCGAUGAGGACGAGGCGGACGGCCCGCCUGAGUCCCACUCCUCCCUCCCCCCCGACUCCCCCUCAGUCAGAGGGAACAGGGAGGGGGGGGUCACUGAGAUGACGAGGAGGAGAGGAGCGGAUGGAGGCGAGAAGGAGAGCGAAGGAGGAACCAGAAGAGAGGAGACAGCAGCAGGUGGAGGAGGUGGGCAGAGUGUCACUCAGGUCCUGGGGGGGGUCCACGUGGCUCCCACGAUGGUGACCAACGCGGUGCGCCCCGUCCCCAUCGCCAGCAAACCAGCGGAGGGCGCCGCCACGCUCAGCUCCCUCCCGCAGGACAACAGAACCACGCUCCUCGGAGGAGGCGGAGCUCAGCACCUGCCAAUCAGCGCAGGGGGUGGGUACCUGUCGUCCCCCUCCCCCACGGGUCUGGUCAGUCUAGCCCCAGUGGGGGGCAGCAGCCUGGUCACUAGCCUAGUUCUGGGGGGGUCAUUUCCUGCUGCCCAAACCCUACAGCUCAUCACCCCUCAACCCCAAACUCACCCCCCCGUCCUCCACCCCCAAUUCCACCCAACUGCUGCCUCCUCCCUCACUCCUCCCGCCCUCCCCAAGCCGCUGACGCAGGUGCAGUACGUCCUCCCCACCGACAGCCCGUCCUCCCCCCAGCUCACCCACCAGCACAUCCGCUCCCUGCCCACCAACCCCGCCCUGGCCAAUGGCGUACAAUCGGGGGCGGGGACCGGAGUCGGCCCCGGGACCAGAGUCCAAACCCAGUCACCGGUCCUGCAGAGUAAGAUGCUGGUUCCCAUGGCAACAGUGAGAACGGGGUCUACGCCUCCUCAGCCUGCCAUUUCCCUGGUGGCUCCGCCUCUUCCUGUGCAGAACGGCCCAGCGACAGGAAACAAGAUCAUCCAGAUCGCGCCCAUGUCUGUGCUGCAGACCAGCGUACAUCCCGCCACAGCUGCAGGCGUGCAUCCCGGGAGUGCCUUUCCUGUUUCUGUUGCCACGGUGAUGGCUCCCGGUGCUGCCCCCCCUCAGACGGUUCUUCUGACCUCCCCACCCACAAGAAUCACCUACGUCCAGUCCAACCCAGGCGUUUCCACGGCAACGCCCCUGCAGGGUGCUCAGCCUCCAGGUCCCGCGUAUCUCCCGUCACACCUUACAGCUCUGGGCUUCACCGCCAUCUCCGCGUCCGGACCGACGCUGGUUCAGCCCAUCGCCGGUCAGCCGCCACUGCUGGCUCCGCCCCUCAGCGGGCAAUGCCAGACUCCUCCGGGCCCGACCGCGGCGUCCGCCGGCCAUCAGGUGCUAACUGCCGUCUAUCCUGCUCAAACCGUUGCUGUGGCGACUGGUGUGGUCUCGGUGCCGGCCUUUCCAGCUCAGGACCGGUUAGACCCGCCCUCCCCGCCGGCCACAGGGUCAGCGGCGGCGACCUCUCAGCCCGGAGCAGCGAUGGAGGUGGAGGUGAAACAGGAGAACCAGCUGGACGCUCAGACUGACGGGUCGUGGAGCUCCAGUACAAACUUCUCGAUGAUCACCUGUGGAGCGACAGUCAAAAAGGAGGAGGACAUGGAUCUGAGCAUCAAAGUAGAAAACAUGGGGGAGAAGUACGGCGAGACGGAUGAAGAGCGAGACCGAGCGAGAACCAAAGAGACGGAGAAAGACCAGAACCUGGGAGGCAGCAAAGAGGCUGGACCUCGAUCCCCACCUCCUCCACCCUCAGGUUUGGACCCGCCCCCUCCUCCACCAGCAGAAAGAGAAGCCCCCUCAUCCUCCAGGAAAAACAAGUUUCGACCCCCCCCACUGAAAAAGACCCCCGAGCCUCAUGAUAAGGUCCUGUCAGAAACGUACUUCGAGGAACGCUUUGCUGAACUUCCAGAGUUUAAUCCAGAAGAGGUCCUUCCCUCUCCGACGCUGCAGAGCCUGGCUACCUCACCGAGAGCCAUCCUGGGAAGCUACCGCAGGAAGAGACGCAACUCCACGGACCUCGACGCGCCCGCUGACGAGCCCGGCUCACCGCGGAGAAAGACUCGCCGUCUCUCCAGCUGCAGCUCAGAGCCCAACACCCCCAAGAGCGCCGCCAAGUGCGAGGGAGACAUCUUUACCUUUGACAGAGCAGGUCCAGAAGGAGACGUCCCUCCGGGAGACCUGGACAGGGGUCCUUACUCCUCUCUGCGUAGGACACUGGAUCAGCGUCGAGCGCUGGUCAUGCAGCUGUUUCAGGAACACGGCUUCUUUCCUUCAGCUCAGGACACGGCUGCCUUCCAGGCUCGCCACUCGGACACUUUCCCCACCAAGGUGUGUCUGCAGCUCAAGAUACGCGAGGUUCGUCAGAAGAUCAUGCAGACGGCCACACCUGGGACCCUGGAGCUGGGAGGGUUAUCCGAAGCCAGCCCCGCCCCCAGCCACUGCUCCUCCUCUAAUCAAUCAACGCGAGAGGACGGAGGGCCGGAGCAUCAAACCGAGAGAGGCCAGAGCCCGGAGGAGCCGAAACACGAAGGAUCGUAAACCGACGAGGAUCACGAAUCGGAAAAUUCAAAAACGAAGCAAAUAAAAGAGAGAAGAGUGUGUGAACCAGUACGACAGAUCUCCAUCAGACAACAACACAGAAUAUUCACAGGAAUCAAGACGUGCUUCGAUGGUCUCAUCAGACCUUUAGGUGUUCAGAUCACGUGCAAGCCCUGAUCAGUUAAGUGCUUCUUCUAGUUCAUGUUCUCCAAAAAUCCUGAAUGUUUUACGGAAAUUUUUACCCAAGUCUGCUCUCAGCACGUCACCGAGUCAGACCCUCUGUGGUACACACACUCUGUCCCUCUGCCACUCACACACCUGAUGCAUUUGUAAUCUCCGGUGUGAUCCCACACACACGUUUUACCAAAUCAGACUGUUACUCUUGGUUGUCCGUGUCCAGGAGCUGCAACCACGGACCAGGACACACAGAGGCACUUUGUCACUUAUGGUGCAGAUGCAGUUUGCUGUUGCCAGCCAGUUACCCCUCAGACGCCAUCGACCUCCUCCUCCUCCUCGCCCUUCCACUCCUUAGCACCGUGGUUGGGCCACUAACACAACCCCAACGACCUCCACUGCUACUCCACAGCCCCUCGAUGCUGCAGGACAGACGGCGCACGCACGCGCACGCUCAGCGUGAGCGCUCACACUCGGAAACAGUCAACCCUGGUGUGACAAAGCCAUCGGCCUGCACACUUUCUAGUGAUUGUAGUGAGGAGAGAAAGACGAAAGCGUGAACCGGGAUGCAGUGUGACCAAUCUUUGCACCUUCAGUUUUUGCCGCUUCGGCAGACUCGGACCGACCGGGCAGGAGCGGAUUAUCUGUGUCUGUGCGUCGGAAACAAACUGUGUGAACGUCACCGUGAAGAGAUUGUGUAUAGACACUCGUGGUUGCAAGGCUUUGAAGAGCUAAUCUCAGAGAAAAGACGAAGGACGAAACUGGACGGUGCAGGAGUCCAACAACACCACGAGCUCUCCAGCCCGGAGAACUUCCCCCUCCCGGAUGGACAUGACGUUGCUUUCUCUUGUUGUUGUUGCCGUGGAAAUAACCAGUUUUACCGUGGCCUGUUCUUCUCUCUUGUGGCUCUAUUGUGUUUCUUCUCCAGCAUAAACAAAUCACAACAAUGACAAAUAAUAAUUAAAAAAAGAGACUUUGGAAAAAGAAGGGGACAAAAAUCAGCCUGCACCCUCCCCCAUCCCUCCCUUCUCCCCCCUCCUCUACGGUUUCUCACGCGACGCAGGAGUCGGGGGGGGCAGGGGCAUUUUGUAAAACGUUGAAAUCAGGUGUUUGCACAAUUCUUGUUGGGGAUCGCCACAAGUGAAAUCAGGAAAGUAUUGUUUUUAGAGCUUGUUUUAGUAGUUCCUUACGUUAUCAACCACAUUUCUCUCUCUUCCACUCACCCCCCUCCCCCUUUCGCCUCCUCCUCCUUCCUCUCGGACUCUCCUCACCCCUCCGUGUUGUUGAAAGUGCCCUUAAGCACUGGUCCCGGGUCAAGCUCAGGAUGGUUCUGGUUAGGGUUAGUUCAGGGAAAGCAGAUCCUAGACCAGCCCUGGAGGGCAGUCUCCAGAUCUGGAGCCCUCCCCUCUUCCCUCUCGUCUCGACACUUUAUCCUUUCCCAUCAGAUGGUGCAAUAGGACAUUUAUUUUUUGGAAGUGGGUCGGCUGUUCGGUUUAUGUUUUAGGGGAGCGAGGCUUUGUGCCAUAGACAUUAAAACUCAGUGCAGUCGCAGUGAGAGGAGUGAGCUGUUGUGAUCUUUUACUCUGGUUUAAAAAAACAAAAUGAGUAAAACAUCAAAAAAAAAAAAGAAUCACAAACGUCGACGUUGAAGAGAGAUAGAGAGUGUAACUUACUAAAAGUCGGAGACAUUUUGAAUAGCACUUUUAAGGCUCUUUGCUUCUUGGGUGAAGAGUGGGGGUAGUUAUUAUGAUUCUGGGUAUCGCUUUUAUUUCUCUGUAUACAGUUGGAUGUGUGAUAAAAUAUAUAUACAGGUAUUUCCAUAUUUGUGCAUUUAGGUCUGUGUUUGGGUGUGUGUAUGUUUUGGCACAUGCAGGCAGUUUGUUAACACUACCAACCUCUUCUUUCACCACUCAGCAACAUUAUCCAUAGUAUAUUUUUCAUCCAUCUCGAGAGACAGUAUUUUUAUAGUCAGCGUGACUAUUUUUUCAGCCAUCUAGACUGUUAAUAAAGCCAGUUUAUUCAGGACUAUUCAGGAUGCACAGAGUAACAUGAACACAGGUGACCGAAGACUAUCAAUCCGCAUCGCUCUGGGGUUCUUUAGGGCUGUUAGGUGUCAAUCUGCAUGCAUGUGCAAUCACAUGCACACUUGCACACGCCCACACAGACAUAUGUGCAUACACACACAUGUAUGCGUGUACACUGUAUGAUUGUGCUUAUAAAAAACUGUCCUUACUUUGGAGAAGGAAUUUUAGGAUGAGCGAGGUGAGUGUUAUCUCAUAAAGCAGGCAUGUUGACCAUGUGCAAUAUUUCUAAACAACAGAAAAACUAAAUAUUGAAAAUAUUAAAGAUCUAACACAAUG